GCUGUGUCGUGAAUGCAUAUUGUCGUGUUAUCGCCCAAUACACGCAUUCAUACAUACAGAUCGCUGGCGACGUGUUCGGAAUGGAGCAGCCUGAAGAGUUUGGCGAAGGUUUUGACAGUUUCAGUACUGAUGCCAUCCAUACGGGGGUGGAUCCUAUGCAGUGGAGUCACAGGGCUGUUGUUCCUCCAAUCACCUUGGCAACCACGUUCCAGAUAGCAGAACCCACGCGUGGAGCGAGAUUUUACUACUCCCGAGGAAACAACCCAAACCGCAGCUGUCUGGAAGAAUGCCUUGCAGCACUGGAAGGGGCGAAGUCAGCGUACUGCUUCGCCUCUGGCAUGGCAGCUACAAUGACAGCUACCCACCUCCUCACAUCCGGCGACAACGUGUUGUGUUCCGCUGACGUCUAUGGAGGCGUAUUUCGAUAUUUCAAGUACUGUGCAGUCAAGAUGGGAAUAAGCACGACCUUCGUUGACUUCCUUGAUUUAGCCAAGCUUGAAGCGGCACUGGAUUGUAAACCUAAAAUGGUUUGGUUUGAAGUGGUGACCAAUCCAACUCUGAAGAUCACUGAUAUCGAGGCCGUGGUUGCUGUAGUCAGGAAAAAAGUCCCCGAUGCACUGAUUUGCGUCGAUAACACAUUUCUCACACCAUAUCUUCUGAGACCACUUGACCUUGGUGUGGACAUCGUAAUGCACUCAAUCACCAAGUACAUGAAUGGUCACAGUGACGUUCUGAUGGGCUCUCUGGCAACAAACGAUGCAAACAUAGCCCAACAAAUCAAGUUCUUUCAAAUGGCUCUUGGAGCCGUUCCCUCCCCAUUUGACUGCUUCAUGGUACAGCGAGGACUGAAGACACUUGCCAUCAGACUGAGGGAGCACUGCAGCAACGCCAAAGUCGUUGCAGAAUAUCUGGAGAACCAUCCACUGAUUGAUAAAGUUCUUUACCCCGGCUUAGCUUCUCAUUCACAAUACGGUCUGGCUAAGAGGAUUCUGAGAGACAACGGAGGGAUGGUGAGCUUCUACGUCAAAGGGUCGGGGGAACAAACCAAGACAUUUCUGAAAAAUCUCAAGAUAAUCAGCCUUGGGUUUAGCCUUGGAGGCUAUGAGAGUCUGGCAGAGUUACCGUGUACGAUGACCCACAGUAUGAUGACAGACGAGGCGAGGGAUGCAAUCGGAAUAACCAACACUCUUGUCCGACUGUCGGUGGGACUAGAAAAUCCAACUGAUUUGUCAAGAGAUCUCGACAGUGCCCUAAAGACGGCCAUAUUGUAAUAAUUAUUUAUAUGUUGGAAUAGACACAAUAUCCAUAUUCCUCCUACCGAACAUUCUAAUCUGAGGGUCAGCGUCAUCUCCAGGAAACUUCAUUAGUUUUGAGACAGCAUAGUAAUUGUGAUCUACCAUAAAUUCCAAGCAAAUGUUUGCAAUGUUCACAUUCAUUGCCUUCAAUAUAGUGGUAUACAGAUCCUAAAAUAUCUUAUUCCCAGAUUUCAUCAUCCGAAUGUAAUGCUCAAUCGUUUCUUGUAAUAACUAUUAAUAUUCAUAUGCAAAUUUAAAUUCAGUAAAAAUGGUAAAUGUAAGAGGAAAUAAAUACUAGUAUGUAAGCGAUAUAUGGAAUUGC